AUGCAUCAACAAUCCCGACAUCCGCGGCGGGUCUAUUCGCCCGCAUCUUCUCCUCAGACGAAUCCAAACCGCACAAACAACCCGAGGGAUCGAGUCCGCGCCGGGUCCGACACCACGAGCCAAGAUGGGGGCUCGGAUCGCUCUGAGAGCACCAGCCCCGGCGCGAGUCGGGAGUCCAUCAAGAAACUGGACCAGAUCAUUCAGAACUUUUACAACAAAGCAGCCGUGCUGAUCCUUCAAUCACGGCUGAACACCACCUCCAUGGGGGAGAAGAGACCGGAUGGAAAGAAGCCGAACCAGUGGUUCUCGAUCGAGACGGACGAUAUCGAAGACUUCCGGGACGAACUCCGCGUGUACAAGCUGUCCGGGGGCUUCGAGAACCGCCCGCCGCCCAUGAUCAUCGAAACUUACAUUGACGCAUCCAGGUUAACCAGCAGCCAGAGCCUGGUGAUUGUGGAUGAUCACGGCAAGAGGUGGGAUGUGAUGGAAGCACUGAAUUCGUCCGAGACAUUGGACGACAGCCCCCGGAAACGCCGUGCCCAAACGCGCAACACCGAGGUCAUUCUAGAGCGGUGGCGGGUCGAGCUCAAGUGCCUUCCCGAUGUUGGGCGGGAAGACUUCGGUCCUGUGCUGCCCACCGUCUACAAGCGCGCCAUUGUGUUCUUCAGGUCACUGUUUGUGACGACGCGAAUCAUGCCGUGUUGGAAGUAUUCGCAGCAAGCAUUGGCAAAAGGGAUCCAUCCUGCGCUGGAGGUCAAGUGCCGAAUCCUAACCGCCGAGCCCGAAUACACCACCUACGACCCCUUGCGGCAACCACUGCACGACGGGAACGAUCCCGUCACGGAAUACGUUUUCACGGAUCUGGAGCUGCCCGUGGGUCGCUUCUAUGCCUCUGUAGCCUACCGCAACGACUGUAAUUUCCGGGUGGACGACGCGGAGUCGCUCCUGAGCUCCCGGUUCAUGGGGAUCGAUGAGAACUAUUUCAGGCCAUCAAUCCCCCAGCGACGCGACCAUGGCAGGCCCGACCUAUACGCCGAACCGGGCUCUCUGCCGUCGCAGCGGCAAGGCCGUGGGCCUCAGGAGCCGCAACAGACGUACGGCAGUCUGUCGACCUUCCACGGAGAAGGGGCCUUGGGCACCAGCCCCAUCACCGCUCUUAGGUCAGUGCGGCCAAUCGGCUCGGACACGAGCUCCCCGUCCGCUUCCGCAGCCGGGAGCGUCGAACAGCCGGAACCGCCUCACUCAUUGCCCAUCCGUGGCGCUGCAGCCCGCCCUCCGCUGAGAGCAUUCGAAGCCGGCAACAGGCGACCGUCCGUCUCAUUUCAGCCGUUCAAAGCCGGCUCACUGUCCGGCUCUCCUAGGAUUCCGGACACGGAGCCGCCGUCGUCUCCACAGUCGCUCACGCGUCCUGGCCUGGCGGGGCCGUCACGGGCCGGAAACCGGUCUUCCCUUACGAUGGGGAUGGCAGCCUCGCUACGCAGCCCUUCUGCGCCUCAGGAGGUUCCCUCCGUCACGGGAUCCCCCAGGCCAAUUGGGCGGUACAGCAGCAGCUUCAGCCAUCGUCGCGGACGGCCGUCAUUCGGCGGACAGAGCAAAGGUGACGAUGACCAAGCGAGCAGCGGGAAGCAGAGCCUCUCGUCUUCGGCUCAGCCGGGCUCGGGCCUGCUCACUGAGGGCGGCGCGAUUGCCAGCUCUGGGUCCUUCGCCACCGACGAUGACAACAUCUCGGAAUUUCUGAAGGAGCUUGACAACCGAAAGACGCUCAAGAGUUUUGAGCCCAACAAGAAGGGCGAGUCGCUCGCGUCCAAGCGAACAGCAGCCCAGUUAUCCAAAUUCCAACUCAUGCGCGAGUCCAACAAUGUGCUCACCGACUCCAUGACCUCAUCCAUUCACUUGCAACGCUCAUCGAGCUCCUCCAGCCGACAGUUGGCCAAUGUUCCUAGCAUGGUGAAUCCAACCUCCGUGUCCUUUGCCUCAUCCUCCCCGGGCAAGCCCCUCUCUCCUCAUACGCCCCACACGCCUGCCAUCCCGUCCCGCCUUAGUGAGAAUUCCAUUAUUGAUUAUCAGGCGCAAGAGGGGGCCGCCACGGGCGGUCCUCGCCAAACCAUCGGCGAGGAAGAAGAAGCACCCCUCGAAGGAGAGGAGGACGACGACCAAACGCCCAUGACAACCCAACAGGCCGGCGGAACAACAACCGCCGCAACCACAGCAGCAGCAGUGAGCACUGCCACCACCACGAGCACCACCAUGUCGACGGGCACAACAGCGGCGAUCGACAUCCCGCUCUCCCCGCGCCUCCUCCAACAUCACAGCACCGCCAACCGCCACGCGAAUUCCGUCGCUCAUCCGCAGCAUCACCGCUCCAUCGCGGGCGAGGUGGCGGGAAGCUCCCCCUACCACCAGCGGAGCGCCAGCGUCGAGGAUUCGUCGGGCAGCGGGAAAAGCAGGGAGGUGCCGGCGGUGAGUGCCCUGCUAGCCCACCGACACGGCCACCGUCAGCAGGGUGGAAUGGACGGUGGUGAGGAUCCGGCUUCCACGCCGUCGGUCGAGGGAGCCGACGCCAAUGCCGCGGUAGAACCGGGUGAUAGCGGUAGUAGUAGGCCUGGCAGCGGCGGCCCGCGGAGAACGGGAUCGUUUACCAGCAGCUUCACCAGGGCCACGAACACCCGAUACCCCCACGCGCACGCCCACCACCACCUUGGUGCUGCUGCGGCGGCGCGUGGCGCACGCGCUGGGUCGUUCUCGUCUCUAGGUACCGGCAGGGGUUAUGCAGGCAGCGUGGAAGGCGCGGAUGAGGAGCCACUCUUGUUUGCUAUGAGCGAGCUGGAGCGCGACUCGAGGAGGAGUUUGGAAGAAGGCCAGGGCAGCGCUGGCUCGGGGGACAAGUAUGAGCCGCCGAGGGGCAUUUUGAGGAAAGGCUGGUGA